UCGAUUCAACAAAUUUCAUUUUCGAAAUUUAUUCAAGAAUGACUUUCGAAUUUGUUCAUCAUCAGGUCAACUGGUUCCAAUUAAAGCUUUUCAUAUUCGUGCUCAACUUGUUAAUGUUACUGCUGAAGUUGUUCUCUAUCAAGUUUAUCAUAAUACAAAUUCGAUUCUCAUUGAAGUUAUAUAUGUAUUUCCUUUUGAUGAAAAUUCUUCUGUCUGUGGUUUUGAAGUUCUUAUUAAUAAUAUCAUCAUUAAAUGUGUUGUUAAAGAAAAAGAACAAACUAAACGUGAAUAUCGUGAAGCUAUUGAAAAAAAAAGUCAUGGUGUGUAUUUAAUGCAUCAACAACAUCAACUAAUUGUGAAAGAAUUAGCUAAUGGAGCUAGUGGUGGUGGUUUAAUAACUGUAUUUGAAUCCAAUUAUCGUUCAAGAUGA